GGGUACGUAAUAAAAAUUUCAUUAUAACAAAUUCAUCAAUUUCAGUACAAAAAACUUUUUUAAGGAAUGUUAAAUAGAUUUCACAGGUAGAGAUUUUCUAAGGCGGACAAAGUCUAAAAUUUAUGAUCCCAAAUUUGACCAACUGGUUCUUAUAGCAUGGAUAGAAGCUGUAAUCACUGACAAACAUGCUUAGAAGUGGCUCCACACAUUCAAAGAGAUUAGUGCAACUGAUGGAUGUAUGCUUGAGGCAGAUUCAAUUUUUAAAAAUAUUCAGAAACAUUUUUAUGUGAGAUCCACAAUUUUGUUAUGCAGACUUUCCAUUGAACUUUUCCUCUUAUUAAGCCCUGGUAUAGUUUUGAAAAUGGUUUAUGGAGUUUUUUUCUUAUUCUUUGAGGAACUGCACUGGCCAUGAUUCAUUUUUCAGCAUUUAUUUUGCCUGAGCAAUAUUUUCAGGAAUAAAAUGCAGGAAAACAGAUUGCAUUCUGAAAGUGUGAGUGACCUCAGUGGACAGGAAUUGCUUCAAAAAUGUUUACUCCCUUUGGACAAGCAGCUGAUGCAGUUGAGCCAUUCUUUGGCAAAGGUUUCUGUUUGCACAACCGUCAAAGAGAUGAUUGGAGACUCUGAUGACCUUACCAUGCUGAGGACUGCUCUUCUUGGACUCGAACUCCGUCGCAUUGCCAGAAUUAUUUGUCAGAAGGAGGAUUGUGUGGAGGAGGAACGAUUCCUGAUUAAGGAAGGCAUUCGACUGAAUCCUUGCAAUGGAGCAGGAAAUGCUGAGACUUGUCCGGAGAAACAUUACUCGUCUGUCUGUCUGAGCUUCAUUGAUGCUGAUGAUGCAGAAAGGAGAGUUAGCAAUCAUAGACUUUUUAUAUUCUGGGUGUUCUUGGAAAAGGUUUCUGUUUGCACAACCGUCAAAGAGAUGAUUGGAGACUCUGAUGACCUUACCAUGCUGAGGACUGCUCUUCUUGGACUCGAACUCCGUCGCAUUGCCAGACUUAUUUGUCAGAAGGAGGAGUGUGUGGAGGAGGAACGAUUCCUGAUAAAUGAAGGCAUUCGACUGAAUCCUUGCCAUGGAGCAGGAAAUGCUGAGACUUGUCCGGAGAAACAUUACUCGUCUGUCUGUCUGAGCUUCAUUGAUGCUGAUGAUGCAGAAAGGAGAGUUGUACACGUGUUGCCUCAGCCGGUCUUGAGCAAGGAAACGCGGAAGAAAGGAGAUUGUCCCACACUGCAAGAAUACCUUAGGAUAGCCAAGGAGGCAGUGUUUGCCAAUGCCGAAGGAAGAUUGGAGGAGGCACCUGAGGAUGCAGUGAACCUUGUUGAUGCUGCCAUAAAGUUUCAGAUAAUGAGUGUCCGGUGGAACAGUUGUGUCAAGUUGUCCCAUGAACCUACAUGCUCUACAUACAAAGAAGGUGUGUCUGUGGUGUACAAUCACGUACGGUUGCAGCACAUUGUGAGGCGGUACUUGGAUCAAGCAGAACUUGGAAAAUAUUUACCUCUGGGAGAUGCUUCAACAGGAGAUCUUUCAGUUCUUGAUGGCAAGAGAGAGAAAGCCCUUCUAUUGGAAGCCUCUCACUUGCCCUUAGUGGUCGACUUCAGUACACCUGAGGACCCACGAGUCCUUGGCUCUGGACUAGAGGAAGGGACAAAAGACCACUUUAACCGAUCCUUUGAAUCGUUCCAGAGCCGCAUCUAUUACAAGAAAUCCGUUCACGGACCCUUCUGGCAAAGGCUGUUCUACAUCAACUCGGAGAAGGCCUGGACCUUUUCGACAUUUCUCCUCCUCGCAAAAUGUGAUAUCUUGAAGAUAACCCCAGAAGAAAAUUGGCCUUAUAAAUUCGGGAAGAAAUUGUGCAAAUUUUCUUUCAGUUCUCCGAUACAAUUUCCCACAAUCCGCUCGGUAAACGAAUUUGUCAUCUUCCUUCCCGUUCAAGUAGUAGUAGUAGUAGUAUUGGCAGACGAGGAGGAGAAGGGCGAGGACCUUUUUUGUUUUACAGGCACAGAGCUGCACCGAAAGGACAAUGCGGAACUUUUACAUCCCCCGCCCAAAGUCCGAGGCACUUGGUCGCUCCCCGUCACGAGCGAGGAGUGA